AUGGCAAAUAAUACAACAGAUAUAGCAAAAAUAGAACCAAGAGUUAAGACAGAAUCAAUUUAUUUACUUUUUGAUUUAAAAACAUGGAACAAAAAAGUAAUUCAAUUAAAUAUUAUUUUCCUACUAAGUUUAUUAUUAUAUAUUUUUUGUUUUUUUUAUGUGAUAAUUGUUAAAAAGAGUAAUGAUUAUAUUUAUGGAUAUAAACCUGAACUUGUUUAUAAAAUAAGGACUGAACCAACUGAUGAAGAUACAUAUAAUUGUAUCUUUUCACCUGAAAAACGUCUAGCUUAUUACUGUAAUGCAAAUAAAAAGAUAAUUUCUCAAUUAAAGCCUAAUCUAAACAAAGAACAAGAAGUUGCAAUAAAAAUAAAAUUUUUAAAAAAAGAAGAUGAAAAUUUGAAAACAGGAGUGGAAUUUUGA